AUAUUUUUUAAGAAAACUUUCGUAACAAAACUGACAAUUUGCCAGAUAAAUUGCUUAUAAAACUAUGCAGGGAAUUAAAUUGAAAUUUAAAUAAUAAUAACUAAAUGAAUAGUGAUUUUUAAAGGACUCACGUAUAUUUUUAUCUUUUAUAUACCCCAAAGUCUUAAAAAAAACUUUAUUAACAAAAUUGACAAUUUGCCACAUAAAUUCCUAAAAAUGUAUGCAGGAAAUAAAAUUAAAAUUUAAAUAGUAAUAAUGAACCUAGUGAAUAGUAGUUUCAAAGUACUUAAAUAUGCUUUUAAUCAUCCUUAAUAUACCCAAAAAUAAAUCUUAAAAAAACUUUAUUAACAAAAAUAACGAUAUCAUAAACCAUAGAGAUAAUAUUUUAUUUAACUAAGGAAAAAAUAAAUAAUUCCAAAAAAUAAUACAAGGCAUAUUCCUAUUGAUCACAAACUAAAAACAAAUGGAGAUUAAAAAAAAAGGGCAUCACUAAUUAUUUAAAUCGUAUUUUUCAAGCUAAGAAAUAACUCUUCGUAGUGUCCAGGAAUACCCAUACCCCUGUGUGCGCAUGCGCGUUGCUAGCUCAUGAUGAAACCCCUCUGACGUCACGUCGGGAAAACGAAACCGAAGAAUCGGAAUUUCCCGAGAAGAAACGCCAGCUAUAAAAAAUUGAAUUAAGUAUGGCAGUAUAAAAAGUGGCUGUCAUUUAAAUACGGAUGUUUUCGAGUUUACCGUGAGUCACGCUGUUGAUAUCUGAACGCGUCAACAUCUGUCGUCGACCGGCAGCUGCACCAACACUUUACAGAAAUGGCGCACUCUAAGCCUCUUCUGAUCCCUUGGUUGCGGGACAAAAUCGACAGUGGCAAAUACCAAGGUGUUUCCUGGACAAAUGCAGAGAAAACAGAGUUCUCAAUCCCAUGGAAGCACGGCCUGAGAGGGGAUUCCACCGACACAGAUGUUCUUAUCUUUAAGGCUUGGGCUGAGGUGAGCGGCAAUGGUCGAGCUCAGGGAGAACCCUCAGUUUGGAAAAGAAACUUUCGCAGCGCUCUCCGAGCCAAGGGCUUCAAACUGGUGUUCGAUAACAAGAAGGACGACGCUAACCCCCAUAAAAUAUUUCACUGGCCAGAAGAGUCUUCUUCUGGUGCUAGUUCUGCUGCUGGAUCCCAAGAACUAACUGACAACGUUUUCGACACCUAUAUUAUCCAAGAUAAUCAGGUGGUGCCUUUUAUUGAUGGAGUUCUUUACCUUCCGGAAGAAGAUUUAAUGUCAGGACUCGAAGCCAGCCCGGACAUUCUCCAGGAGUGUCUGAAGGGCCUGAACAUUGACCCCGAAGCAGGAAUCACAGGCUUUGAGCCUCCUCCUGAGCAACAACAGCUGCAGAAUCACGGCCUGAUUGGUGGACACCCGUUGCCGGGGCAACAGCAGGAUCCAGUAAUGUUUGUGGGUGCAGCCAGUGAAACUGGGUUGCCUGAGCAACCGGCAUGUCCACCGAAUAGAGCUGAGGGAGGGGCAGAUGGUGAUGAGGCCACUGUAAACUUCAUGGAUAUAAUGCACAAGACGGGAGAUGGAAAUAGUUUAAGGACUCAAUUCAGGAUACUCAUGUACUACAGAGGAGUAAAGGUGUCUGAGAAGCUGGUAGAGAAUGAAGCUGGAUUCCGCUUAGUCUACAGGCCUGAUCUCUUUGAUUCAGCUUUGGAUAGUCAGACCGGUCUCAGCAUGGUCUCUCUGCCAAUACCUGGAGAUAUGCUGGAUAAAACUCAAGCUAAACUCACCCAAAGGAUUCUGGACACUCUUGGCGAAGGCCUGGAAGUGGGCGUGUCCGGUAACUUAGUCUAUGGCCGCCGACGGGGUGACACCAAAGUCUUUUGGAGCUUUUCCAAAUUCGACAGCAGCAGAAUACCCCAAGAGGUGUCCAAGCUGAAUCCUGAUGCUCUUUUUCUCUGGAAGAACUUUAUUCAAGGAAUAAUAGACUUCAGUUAUGGGGGGGACUGCCCCCCGUGCUCCUUGUUCUUCUGUCUGGGGGAGAAGUGGCCAGACCCAGAAAACAGACCGUGGAUGAAGAAACUAAUCACAAUUGAGGUGGUCUUGACUUCACCGGAAAUAAUAAAAAACAUAGCAGUUGAAGGCGGCGCCUCCUCCCUGCGGUCAGUAGAACUGCAGGAGUCUCUGGGGGAGAUGAUGGAACUGUGUUGACCCACUGUGCCUGCAGCAAGACCCCGUCUUCACUUUAAAAAAAUCUUUUUCAUCCUUACUCCACAUCUAUAUGAAUUAUAUAAAAAUAAAACUGUAACUGUAAUUCUGCUGUAUUAUCAGGUACUUAACAAUUUCUGCAAUUUUUAGCUUUUUUUAAUAUAUGUUUUGAAUAAUUGUUCAUGUUUUUAAUGUUCUAAAUACUUUUUUUGAUAUUGAAUUGAAGCUGUCUCAAGAAAUGUAGUCGAUCAAGUCUUAAAUCUGUUUAGGAUCCUUGCACUACAGAUUAAAGGAUUCAUGAAAUCA